GGACGACGCGCCAGUCGUCCAUCCGACAUGACCGCAUGCGCGUAUUCUUGUGCUCGUCAAACCUUCGCCGCCGCCGUCGUUCCGCUCACGUUCAGCCACCGCUGCCGAUAACUCGUCGCCGGCUCGUUUCGUGUGUUUGUACCGAGCACGCUGUAUAUACCAACGCCGGGAAGAUUUUCCGCAUGCUGUAACGUCACAAGUCCGUUUUUUUUUCACACGAGGAAUCCAAAAUGGGGUUCGGUUCUAAAGAUGAGUGGUGUGGAACCAUCGUCAAGUACAGCAUGUUUUUGUCCAAUUUUAUCAUAUUCAUUGGAGGCAUAGUAUUAGUUGCCAUAUCAGUGUAUACGCUCUACGAUAAGUCGUUCAUCAAAGAGCUAUUGGGCACUAACUUGUUCACAGGUGCCGUGUAUAUAUUAAUCGUGGCGGGCAUUUUGCUGUCACUUUUGUCAUUUUUGGGAUGCGCUGGAGCUGUCAAAGAAGUCAAAUGCAUGCUACUGACGUAUUUCAUAAUUCUGUUCAUUAUAUUCAUCGUGAUGCUCGUUGGAGGGAUAUUAUGUUACGUGUUCAGGCAAAGGGUGCAGACGACUAUGCAACAAGAGAUGCUCAGGACCAUAAGGUUUUACGGCGACGAUCGCGCCAUAACCAGAGCGUGGGAUGACCUCCAAGAAGGACUACACUGUUGUGGAGUCACGGGCUACGAUGACUGGAGGCAGCACAGGAUCGGCGGAAUCAUUCCCAGCAGCUGUUGUCAAGAGAUCAACGGAAAGAAACAGCCGUGCAAUCUGAGUUUCCAAGCGAGCCUACAGAUAUACAAUACCGGCUGUCUGAACGUGACCACUGCUUUCAUGAAGGAUCACGCUACUACUGUCGGAACUGUUGGUAUAGCCGUGUCACUGUUUCUGCUAUUCGGAUUGGCAUUUUCGUGUGCAUUGUUCAUGAUGAUCGUUUAGAGCGGUAGAUGAAAUGUACAGAUAAGCAAAGAGUUCAACGCCUUGGAUAACAAUUUUUAAAUAGCCAUUUAAGUAGGGAAACAAAGGUCAUAUAAAUUAUUUUCAACGCAUUUGCCAUUAUAAACCGAAUUGUCGUUGUCGUUUAUCUAGCGACAGUAUAAUAAUAUAUAUUAUAUAAUAUAGGUAUUUAUAAUAUCAUCGACGUGCGUCUGUGACAAAAUAAUAAAAAUUCAAUAAUUGUAUUUACAUUAAAAUAUGUAGAUACAUAUUAUUUUUAUAUACUGUUUAGUUAAUUAAUUUACGUUAAAAACGAAAGAAAAACAAUGGGUAAAUGAUACAAGUGGUUGAUGUAUAUAUAUAACGUCCAAACAUGUCAUAGGCGUACCUACGCAAACAAAAUGUUCAACAUAAAUUAAUCGCAAUUUCGCUCGGUGUUCGUAUUAUAAUAUAUACCUGACUUUAAUACGUUACCUACCCAUUUGUAUACAAAUCGGCUAGGUAUCAAUAGUUUUUUUUUAUGGUACUUACUUGCCAUUUGAGCAAUUAAGUAUACAUUAUAAACACAAAUGCAAUGGUAAUCCACGGACCACGUUUAACUAGCUACACUAAAUAUGCUGUAGGUAGUAGAUUUUUGUGGUUUUUGAAGAAAAGAAAUGUAAUUAAACUAAAAACGUUUUUGCGCCAUUUCCAUUUGCCACAUCUUGCCCAUUCACAUUAGAUACUUAUCAUUUAUAAUUUAUAAUCACAUAAUAUUAUUAUAUUAUAGAUUUAUUAUCACUUUAGAAAUACCUCUGGCAGCAUCAUUGUUCUUUUACAAAAUAUGUAUCAUAAUAAUAUUCUAUUUUAAUACCUAAUAUAUAAUUUGCAUUUCAGCAUUUGUGACAUAUAUAUUUAGUGUCUUGAACAUAUUUUUAUUAAUUAUGUUUACGAGUAAGAUAUCGUACCUAUUGUUUUUUAUGGGUAUUUAUCUAAGUAAUAAUUGAUAUACUUUUAUAAAUUAUAAUUUUAUAUACCUACCAGUGUAGUAAGAGGUAGGUAUACCCGUAAGCUAUGGAUGUAUUAAUUAUUUGUAUAUAUAUUCCCAUUUUAUGACGUUUUAUUCGAUAAAUAUUUUUGUGCAACUUAAAUAUUUUUACAUCCUCGCGGAGCAAAACUAUGUAUUUUAUUCCUAGGUAAAUGCCUAAUUAACACACAAUAGAUUGUAAUAUUCAAAUAUCAGUACACUAUAUUUUACCAUGUCUAUAUGUAUACCUACCUAAAAUAAUGUUGUUAUUCAUUCUUGUAAUUUGUAAAUUAUUUAUUAGUUAUAACUUAUAACAUAAAUUUGAAAUAAAUGAUAUAUAUAUAUAUAUAAAACAUACAAAAAA